AACCAGAGACGCUUUUUACUGUUGUACAACUCGUGCUUCUGCGUCCAGCUUUAUAUUUUAUAAAUGUUGUACAGAGAAUGAGUUUUUGAUUUUUUUUCAUAUUUGACCAGAGAAGGGAAACAUUUGUUUUUCAUAAUGUCAGCAACAGACACGGCGAUUGUGGCAGCAGCUACAUAUUAUUUCCAAGAAAAGUACUAUCGCCAUGUGCAGACUGUUGUAAAUGAAGGUCUUCAGAAGCACAACAAUGAUUCAGUGCUGUUGUUUUUUAAGGCUAUAGGAAUCCUAAUGGAAGAUCGAACACAAGAAGCUAUCAGAGAGCUGGAGUCUGUCAGAAGGAACCCUGAUGUUUCUUUGUGUUCUCUCAUGGCCCUUAUCUAUGCACACAAGAAAAGUGCAAUGGUUGACCGUGAUGCUGUUUCUGAACUGGAAAACAAUCUUAAAGCAAUGCGGAAGCAAGCAGGAGAGGAAGCAUUGUAUUAUGCUGGCAUUUUUCUCUGGCUUAUGGGUCGUUCUGAUAAAGCCAGAGAAUACAUUGACAGAAUGCUGAAGAUCUCCAAUACAUCUAGAAAGGGCCUGAUCCUGAAGGGAUGGCUAGAUCUGUCAUCUGAGAAAGAACCUGUUAUGAAGAAAUCCAUAAGAUACUUGGACGAAGGAAUACAAGAUUCUAAAGAUAUCUUUGGAUUAAUGGGAAAGGUAAAGUACUUCAUGAUGCAGCAGAACUAUUCAACAGCUUUGGACAAUGCUAACCAGAUUAUAGCAGUUUCCCCAAAUUUUCUGCCUGCACUUAUUUUAAAGAUGAAGUUAUGUUUAGCUCAGCAAGACUGGGAUCGCACCUUAGAAACUGCACAAAGGAUUUGUCAGAGAUACCCUACCUGCCUGGAUGCCUUGCAGAUGUUAGCUGUUUACAGUAUGUCAAGGAAGGGACAUCUGUCACAGGCAGCGGAUUAUGUAAGAAGUCUUGUUAGUGCUUUGGAGGACAUUGAGCCAAGGAAUCCAGGCCUUCAUGUAAAAAUGAUCCUUUCUAUUAGUAGAAUGUGUAGUAAGAGUCCAGCUAUCCUGCAUCAAACAAAAGAACUUGUUGAACGUGCCUUUCGAAUGAAUCCUGCUGAUGCGGACCUAGCAAAUGAACUGGGAUAUCAGAAUAUACUACAGGGACAAGUGAAAGAAGCCUUACGAUGCUACACAACUGCAAUGAACCUUGAUAACAACAAUGUUCCAGCAGUAAUAGGUAUUGUUCAGUGUCAGAUGUUGGGAGGUCAAUUAGAAGAAGCAGAGCAACAGCUGGAAUUUUUAACAGAAGUCCAAAAUUCCAUUGGUAUUAAAUCUGGGGACCUAGCCUAUCUGAAGGCAGUUAUAGCUUCAAAGAGAAAUCGUGGAGAGGAUAUUGUUGUUGCAUUUUUGAAAGAAGCCAUAGAAUCCCAUUUUUCUGCAAUGAAUAACCUUCCACUGGGGAUAGAGUACUUUGAACAACUUAAUCCUGUAUUUUUGGUUGGCGUUGUAAAAGAAUACAUGGUUUUCUGCCCAAAUCAGCCAAAGUCUCCUGGACAGACACUUUCUCCUCUGCUGAAAGUGUCAGCUAUGAUUUUGGAUCCUGUGGUUAAAGCAGCUCCCGGCAUUAUGGAAACACUCUUUCUUAUGGCUCAGAUCAAAUAUUUGUCAGGUGAUUUUGAAGCAGCCCAUGCUGUUGUUCAGCGAUGUUUAGAACAGGAUGCCUCAUUUUCUGAUGGACACCUUCUUAUGGGUCAGAUCUAUCUUUCUGAAGGUAGCUACAAACAGUGCUUGGAUUCCUUAGAGCUGAGUGUGAGCCACAAUUUUCAGGUCAGAGAACAGCCCUUGUAUCACCUCAUCAAAGCAAGAGCUCUGAAAAAGAUGGGAAAUAUUCCUGAAGCUGUUAAAACUUUAAAAAUAAUAAUGAGUUUACCAGGCAUGAAAAGAGUUGGAGGGGAAAAGUCCAAAGCAGCUAACAUCAGCAUCAGCGACAAAGUCUCUGUGUAUUUGGAACUGGCAGAAGUCCUAAGCUUAAAUGGAGAACAGCAUGAAGCUACAAAAGUCAUGCAAGAUGCUUUAAAUGAGUUUAAGGGAACUCCAGAGGAAAUUCGCAUAGCUGUUGCAAAUGUGGAUCUGGCUUUGAAUAAAGGAGAUGCAGAAAUAGCUCUGAGCAUGCUGAGGAACAUUGCAUCAUCACAGCCCUAUUACACUGAAGCCAAGGAAAAGAUGGCCUACAUUUACCUUUCCAUACGAAAAGACAAGAAACUCUAUAUUGGAUGUUACAGGGAUCUGUGUGACAACUUGCCAAGUCCCCACUCCAGCCUGCUCUUAGGAGAUGCUUACAUGAAUAUACAGGAGCCAGAAAAAGCCAUAGAGGUAUAUGAACAAGCUCUCAAGCAGAAUCCCCGUGAUCCGGACUUGGCUAGCAGAACUGGGCAAGCUUUAGUGAAAACCCAUCAGUACAAUAAGGCUAUUCGUUAUUAUGAAGCAGCAUUGAAGCUUGGAGGACAAGAAUUUCUGUGUUUUGAUCUGGCAGAGCUCUUACUGAAACUCAAGCAGUAUGAUAAGGCAGAGACACUUAUGGCACAGGUCUUAGACCAUGAUUCAGUUAAUGAUUUGCCCACCUUAAUGGAUGAUGUCAAGUGUCUGCUUUUGCUGGCUGAUGUAUAUAAAAAGACACUCAACGUAGAGAAGGCCGUUGACACUUUAUCAAAGGGCUAUGAAAUUCAGUCCAAAAUCUUGAAACGCAUUGCAGUGGAACAACCUGAAAUUAUGCCCUCACAGAGGAAGCUGAUUUCCUCAAUUUGCUUCCGACUUGCUAAACACAGUAAAAAUCAAAAAGAUUAUGAAAAAGCUGUCAAAUAUUGCAGAGAUGCCCUGGCUCACAAUGAAAUAGACAACAAGGUGAUGUUAGAGCUUGCUAGCUUGUACCUGAUACAAGGAGAUGUUGAAGCUUGUCAGCACCAGUGUAACCUCCUGCUGGAACAUGACCCAGGCAAUGCUGAUGCCAAAAUGAUGUUGGCUGACCUUCUAUUUCAAAAGCAAGAAAAUAAAGAAGCCAUAUUUCAUUGUAAACAGCUUUUGGAGAAAAAACAAGAUAAUUUCUCAGUAUUAUGCCAAUUAAUUGAUUUGCUUUGGAGAUCUGGCACACUUGAUGAAGCUGUUCCUAUCCUUGAUAAUGUGGAAAAAGGAUCGUCAAGAGUUACUCUAGAACCAGGCUUCAGCUUUUGUAAAGGGCUUUAUAUGUGGUACAUGGGGCGACCUAAUGAAGCACUGAAACACUUUAAUAAGGCCAGAAAGGACAGUGACUGGGGUGAAAAGGCUAUUUGCAACAUGAUUCAGAUUUGCCUUAAUCCAGAUAAUGAGACUCUAGGAGGAGAAGUGUUUGAAAACAUUACUGAGGACACAAGCAAUUUUUCAGCAGAGCGCUAUGAGUCUGAGCAAUUAGCUGUAAAGACUGCACAGAAACUUUUGAAGGAAUUCUACCCCCGUUCAAAGCAGCAGCAGGAUCAACUUUUACUGCUAAAGAACAUUUGUCUAAUGGCAACUAAAGACAAACAAAAUAUAGAGACAGCUCUACAAGUUUUCAUGAAUAUGGCAACUGCUGAGAAAGAACAUGUGCCAUCAAUCCUAGCAAUGGCACAAGCAUUCAUGAUUCUGAAGCAAACCCCCAGGGCUAGAAACCAGCUAAAAAGACUAUCCAAAACAAAGUGGAACUCUUCUGAUGCAAUGGACCUUGAGAAAAGUUGGCUACUGCUGGCUGACAUAUAUAUCAAAGCUGGAAAACAUGAUAACGCAACAGAAUUACUAAAACGCUGCUUAAAGUACAAUAAGUCCUGUUGCAAAGCGUAUGAGUACCUGGGCUUCAUAAUGGAAACAGAACAUUCAUAUAAAGAUGCAGCAACUAAGUAUGAAAUGGCAUGGAAGUAUAGCAAUAAUACAAACCCAGCAAUUGGGUAUAAACUUGCCUUUAAUUAUCUGAAAGCACAAAAAUUUGUAGCGGCCAUAGAAAUAUGCCACAAGGUUUUGAGUGACUAUCCUCGUUAUCCUAAGAUCCACAGUGAGAUUCUGGAAAAGGCUCAAAGUUCCAUUAAGCCAUAAUUCAUAUUUUAUUAAAAGGGAUUGUACAAUAGAGUCGUAUUUACAUUUGUAUUCUCUUUUGUAACAAUAUAACAGUUGGGUUACUAACCUUUUUGAACUAAAAGCUGUAGGCAGUGCACACACUGUUCUGUAUUAUACAUAUUUACGAAAGAUUAUAUGUUUAGCAGUUGUAGUGUAUACUUUUGCCUGUAUGUAAUACUUGUAAUAUCUAAAAAUAAAUACAUUUAGCUGUACUUAUGCAUAUAUAUUGCAUGUAUGUAAUACUUCUAAGAUACCAGAAUACUAGUCAUGCUUAACAUCAUCUCAUAUACCACAUUUUUGCACAAAACAAAAACAUAUGGCUCCUCCUGAUUUCUACUUUUCCUUCUCAUUCCAACUGUGCUGGUGCUCUCCUUUGGUUCUUCUACUACAUUUCUAUCUCCUUAUUUGAUUGCUACCAGGAUAUUAGUUACCAUAUUCAGUUUGUCCUCAUUUGUGUCUAUGCAUUAAUAAAGUUUCAUUAUAUGAUAUUUUUAGUCAUCACUAUCUUUCAAAUUCAUGUUCUUCCCUCUUGCAUCAUUUUUGAAAGCUCAUAAGCUUCCUUUAUUCGGUCUUUUCCUUAAACACACAGUAUCUCUACCAUUUCUUCCAUGUUUUAAUGAGUGACACUACUAAGCCACUGAUUACAUGAAAGCAGUCCUAAAUGACUGCAUUAUUAUUCAUUUCAGUGUGGAAAGUUAUAACUUGGAAUACAUAUUUUCUCUCUGGUCACCAUAUAACCAAAAUGAUUUUAUUAGAUUACAGCAAAUAUAGACUUCUUACAAAUUAUAUAGGCUUUAAGAUGUUCAAGUUAUGAUACUUUUUUAAGUCUCUAGGUCAGUCUUCCAUAGAAAAAUGUGAGUGGUCUUGAUUUUGUUUUUUUAAGGGUUUCAGAGAUAUUAAAAUGAUCUGGGUUUAGGAAGGCGAAACAGGGAAGUUGAUAUAAGCUAGGGGAUGCAAGACUACAGAUAUUAAAUCUGUAAAUACAGUUUUACAAUACACUGGUUUAAUUUAAGAACAGUUAAUAUGUAUAAUUAGGCAAGACUGUCAGGAGUGCAGCAACACUAUGCAUUUUCAAAAAGAUGCUAAAUGAACAAAUGGGAGAUACCAAAUAAAAGGCAUACUCGAGUAUGUAUUCUCUUUAGUAGCAAGCUGUUUGCUUGCAGUUACGACUGCAUAUAUUACUAAGACUAUGUUUUUUGUAUAAAAACAAACUUCAUUUUAGUUUUUUAUUUAACUGUCUGCAUCUUAUUUGAAUGUUUCUGUAGAUUUUCAGAAUUAAAAUAUUACAAAAUGUAAUAUAUUAAUGAACUGUAGACUAAUGUUUCUAGCUACUUCCCUCCCCCCGAUGAUAGCUAAACAUUCUUUGCAACACAGUAUUCCACUAUUUUUUUCUCAGAUAAUGCACAUAGUUAGCUUGCUGUGACUGUUCUUAGCUAUCUGUAUUGGGUACUGCCUAUGGAUGGAUUUCCAGUCUACAUAAAAUGGUACAUGAGACCUGAUUAUUCCAUUGUGAGGCAAAGCUAUUUUUUGGUUUGCUGUUACUACAUCUGAUAUGUCAGAAUGGCUUCUUUUUUACUUUAAUGUAGCUAUCGUACUUAUGAUGAUUUCCUUACUAAUAAAUGAAAUUUGCACUUUUACAUAUAUGCCCCUCUGUUUCAUAUGCUUGCAAAGCAAGGUAAAAUCCGUGUUUAAAAAAAGGGGAUUGAAAUUUCAGAAUACUUAAACAUUAAAAAGGAUAAAAUAUUUUGCAGACUAUGUAGUCACUUAUAAAACACAAUGGUUCAGUCAAGAAAAACCUGAAUACUUUUAUCACAUGACACAAGUUAUAGAAUGAGGUAGAUGAUGCCACAAAAGGUACAUGGACAAGUUAAUGCAUACUUUUGCAUGUCACAGUGAGGAGCCAUGUUGGCAAUAAACUACAAAUAAAACUGAAGUAAUAGUAGUUAGUCUUAUUAGGCAGCACUCGUCUGAUGAUAUAUUUUUAAUUAUCUCUCUCUGCUUUUGUUUAACAACAUUCAGCAAUGUGCUGCUGUCUGGUAGAGCCAUCUUCUCUCUGAAGUCUGUUUUUAAUAAAUGAGUACAUAUUAAAAACAGUACAACUUUCUUAUCUUUCAUUCAGUAAUGGACUUUAAGGUCUGCAGUUAUUGAAGUUUUUUUUCGCAUUUUGAUGAUAGAGACUAGCAUACAUGAGGCAUCAGUCUGGCAUAUUUUGUGAAUUGUGUUUCUGUUGGGAUGUCAGUCAAUUUCUUUUAUAGGAAUUGUCUUUUGCUAGGUUCUGUUUUUUAAAGUUACUCAAAUCCUACAAUUGUUACAGAGUUUAAGUAGUAAUUUUCAAGUACAGUCUGAAGUGUUUACUAUUAUUUUUUGUACAGGAUCUUCUAAACAGUAAAGGUUAUGAUUACCUAUUUCAUUUUAAUAGAAAUUACUGAAUUUAAGUUAAGACUCAUGCAGAGUGCCUUUAUUUAGAUGUGUUUCAUAAAAUAAGUCAUGGUUACAUUUUACCUUGAAAACAGGGACUAUAUUAUGCAAAAAAUGUUUUGUAUUGAGAAUUUACAUAAGUAUUUAUGGUAUAUUUUAUAGCACAUUGUUUUGUAAUAAUUUUGUUCAUUUUUAUAUGGAUGUAUUUUAAUGUGCUGUCAUUUCCAUGCUGAAAAUAAAGCACUCAGCUGUAGACAAAUGAAAAGAAAAAUUAAUACUUUUUCCUUCAAUUAUUGUUCUGUGUAGAUUUUUCCUUAUGACGUGCUGAUGUGUAAAUUCAACUCUUCAUUAUUAAUCACAUAUAGUAAUGUUGAAUAUUUCACUGUGUGCAUAAAAUGGGAUCAGAUGAUUUUGACUGCUAUUUUUAAUUAUGCAUUUCAGUUAUUUUAAAAGUAGUAUGAUUAUUUUUACUUGCAUAUGGUUUGAACCUGAUUUUAUUAA